GCGUGUCGGGCCGCCUUUAAAGAAGGGACAAUAUUUAUGUUCAAACAUAAAUAAAUAAACACCAAAGAUUGGAUUUUCGGAAUGUAGUAAUUCUAGAUUUUAUGAAUGACUGCAUUCAUAGUUAAUCACCAUUCGCAGUCCAGGUUAACUUGCACCAAUCUUAGCCCCGUCCCUCCCCAACCCUUCGGAAUUUCUUGGCUAGCUGCCCGUAUGUUUAUUGGCUGAACGCUUUGCAGGAGGCGGGGCUGCAAUGAACAGCACGAGGGAAGUAUAAAUAGACGUAGCAAAAUAAUUGUUGAAUGGUCGCAUGUUAGUUACUUUUUGGUGCACGGAGCAAAGGACAGCAAAGUAUCAAUAGACGAAGUAAAAAAAUCGUCGUAACGUUUUCACGAUAUAUCUAUUUCUUAUGUAAUUCUUUAGAUUUAAUAGCGGACGGCUUAACUGACUGCACAUCUAUAAGUCAUAAAAAUAGUUAGAAAUUAGCUAGAACGCAGACACUCGUCAAAUCUAUUUUUAUAGACAUCACCACACAGGAUGAAGAACUUUUUUUACUUCGUUGUUUCUGCAGUGGGGACUGUCAGUUUGGUCUACGCAGACUGUCCCGCAGUAUGUGACUGUCCUGCAGGGGCCCCCGUUUGCCCCCCGGGCGUGAGCGCAGUGCCGGAUGGCUGCGGCUGCUGUAAGGUGUGUGCUGCGCAGCUGAAUGAGGAUUGCCACCCCACGCAGCCGUGCGACCACCACAAGGGUCUGGAGUGUAACUACGGGAACGACGUCACCCACGACCGAGGCAUCUGCAGGGCAAAGCAGGAGGGCCGCACGUGCGAGUACAGCGGUAGGAUAUACCAGAGCGGGGAGAGUUUCCACGCCGGCUGCCAGCACCAGUGCACUUGUGUGGAUGGGGCGGUGGGUUGUGCCCCGCUCUGCCCCGCCCACCUGCUCUUUGCCACGCCCUCCUGCCCCGCCCCACGCCUCAUCAGAGUGCCAGGCCAGUGUUGCCCCAGGCUGGACUGCCACAAGGGGAAGCCAGACCAGUCCUCGACGCACCGGCACCCAUACAAGCCAGAAAACAGCGCCGAGAACGAGCUGUUGGCGACAGGAAAGAAAUGGGACAAGAAACAGGAGCAGAAACACCUGGCUGCGUGGAUGCAGGUAGUGAGGGAGUGCAUCAUUCAAACCACAGAGUGGUCCCCAUGUUCCCGUAGCUGUGGGAUGGGCGUGUCCUCGCGUGUCACCAACGACAACAGGAAGUGCAAACUAGUGAAGGAGACACGCCUGUGCACCAUCCGGCCCUGCGGCUCCGUGCCGGGACCCCUAAAGAAAGGGAGGAAGUGUUCCCGCACACACAAACCGCCGGAGCCGCUGCGUCUGUCGUACGCCGGUUGCCGUAGUGCCCGUCUCUACCAACCCAACUACUGUGGCACGUGCGCGGAUGGCCACUGCUGCACCCCACGGCGCUCACGCACCGCCGCCGUUCUCUUUGUGUGCCCCGACGGCGAGCGCUUCCAGAAGGCGGUCAUGUUCGUGCGCUCCUGCAAGUGCGGCGUGCCGUGCGAGCCGCUGAACGAGGCCGCCAUGGUGCCACGGCACUGGCUGCAAGGGGACAUGCACAACUUCACCGACUAGCGCCACCCACAGGCUAGAGUAGGUAUAGUCGGACCGUUUCUGCAGAAUGGGGGCCAGGUGUGGUGGUCCCUCCCCCCUUAGAACCAUCUCACGACUGAGACGGUUGACUUCGUUGUAGAAAACAUUUCCGUAGGUCCGCCAUGAAUCGUUUGUGGAAAUGGCAACUCAUUCGACGGAAGAGACGGAUAAGACCCUUUUGUCGCGCCUGGACAAAACCGGCUCGUUGUGAUCAUCCCAAAGUCAACUGGAUUAGCAGAUGUAUUGAUUGUCAGAUCUGAGGACCAUCUUGGUCCAAACGUUGAUUAGACAUGACCUGGAACAUUUUCUGGGAGUCCGUAAGGUUGACAACAGCUCACAUGGCUGAACUUGAUCUGUAUGAAUGAGGUGAACUGAAGACUGACCUGGGCAUUAGGGCCUUCCACUGUUAAUAGACUAGGGAAAACGCUGAUUGAAAGCACAAACUGACAAGCCUGAACGGGCUGAAAAAUCAGAAAAAUUGAGGGAAACGCUGCCACUCACUGACUGAAAUGUUUAUUCUUGCACUAUUUACGUUUCGCAUCAACUUGAAAUCAAGCUCUGCCGAGCAGAAAAGUUGGAUGACAGAGCACAUCCAGACAGAGUUUGUUGGUUUUGGAGAGAAACCAUUGCUGGUACCCAGGACAGGAAUCAGGCCUGAUGGUAUGUGAAUCUCUAGUGUUACAUUGGUCUCCAUAUGGUAUGCCCACAGCCUUUGGCCUGCUGGAUACAAGCUGAGAAACGUUUACCAAUUACGGGGCAGUGAGCUCAAAGCCAAACUUGGAUGCUUGGAUCGUUACCCCUCGGCCAAGGCGCCAGGCCUCAAUAAUUUCUGUUCUGGGAGAGCCAAGAUUCCACUGAGCUAUAAAAGCCAAGCCAAACUGGGGAGGGAGGGGCAUAGCUUGAUACUGCUGGGUGGGUCGGACCAUUCUUGGUAUUAUUGUGUAAUGAGGGGAGGGGUGUAGGGUCCAGACCUGGAUUCUCUGGAUGUAGAACAUCCAGAUGUACAUGGAAUAGACUGUGAGGGAUUGCUCCUGAUCAGUGUUUGGCUUUAUUCGGGGGCACCUGUUUUUAACAGUUUCACAUACAUUAUUCUUUUAAAUGGCUGCAUUUUUCCACCUGGAAGUUUAAAAUUUCAUGUUUUGGGCAUUGAUUUUUGGUGUCUUAUAAUUUUAUUGAUCUUUAAAAGCUUUAGGGGGAAAAAAUUGCUACUUUAUGCAGCAAAAAUUGCUUCGUUCGGAAGCACUUUCUAGCACAUUUAACUGGCAUCUGACAAAUGUUUUUCCGUGUUUAUACCGUCUCCAUCGCAGGCGGCAGCCAUCUGCGCAAUACGACCUUUGCACUAAUAUGCAAUCCAUGUGCAAUUAUGUGCGUCCCUGCAACCUUUUGGGCAGCUAAGCUUUGUUAGCCUCUCUGUAGAUCAUUUAAAACUACAUGCAAUUAGAUGCAAUUCCCCCAUCUGUACUUCAACCAUUUUGUAGCCGAUCACAGGCCACACUGCAUAAAUUAAAAACCGCUCAAACUGAUUGUUCAAUGUUUUUUGUAAGUCCAUCAAUAUAGCAUGGAGUUUAAAAUUACCUUCCUGAAAAGCUCUCGAAUGCCACCCAUUCAUAUACAAGCUGGUUAAACCCUUAUUCGGUGUGUUCGGUGUCAGGGCCACUGUCCACAAUGAGCCCAGCAUCACAUCUGCCACAGUAAUGCACAUCAGAAGAUUUACAAAGAAAAUGGUGCCUCUUCUCAGCAGAAGUUUAGGUACAGAAAUCAUACUCAGAUUUAAGCAGGGGUAUGAGAGGGUGUCAAAUGUCACCCUAACCCCCCCCCCCCAACCCAUGCCAUAAUUCACACUGACAGAACUGGGCUCUGGUCCCAAGGGAAAACCCAGCCGAAGGUACCUCAAUACCCUCUGCCGACAGCCUGUGCCAACUCCCAUUUCAAGUGAAAAUUCCACUAGUUCGGACAAGCUUUCCCAGCACCUCAUUUUACUCAAGUCAUCUCCUGUCCAGGGCUGACACCGAACGCACAACCUGACCUUCACUAUUCACUGUGGACUUAAGGGCGCAUUUCUUACCAUUCAACUCAGAAUAUUGGAAAGUCCCAUAAGAACCCAAAGCAUAGUCACCACACAUCAGCUGGGGAGCAAAUUAAAACCGUGACGUUAAUACACGGGCCCCCCCUCCCCCCUCGUGUGAAGAAGCUCAUGCAACAAAUACUGACAUUGUAUAAAAAGUUUUAAUUUCUUUAACCAAAAAACAAAACAAAAAAAAACCACAAUUAAAGAAAAUUAAAAGCUGGACACCCCCAGCAAUACAAUAAACAAGUUACAUUUGCCAGAGUAAUGAUCAGGAGUUUGGGGGGGGGGGGGGCAUUAAAAUAA